AUGGAUGAUACCGGCAGUAGUAGUAAGAGAAGGAGCGAGAGUAGCAACAAAUUUUUCUCGAACAACGCCAACCGUGAGCAUCCUGCUUUUUGUGACUGUGGCCGGAAGCUUCUUGUGCAAACAUCAUGGACGUCGGCGAAUCCAGGACGGCGGUUUCUAUCGUGUCCACGACGGGGGGGUACUGCUUGUUCGAUUUUCUACUGGUAUGACCCUGAGAUGUGUCAAAGAUCAAAAGCGAUAAUCCCUGGUUUGAUCAAGAGAAUAAAUACAUUGGAAUCACAAAUUCCAUUGCAGAUUCCAGUUCUGGUAAGCAAAAUAACAGAUUUGGAAUCCCAACUGGAGCUGAAGAGUGAGAAUAAGGUUGUGAGAAAGUCGUACCAUAUGUCAACUGGUUCAGCUGUUGCAGUUGUUGUUAGUCUAUUAGUUUUGUAUGCAUUGUUUUCGUAG